CAGGAAGUAAACAGUAAGGGCGGCAUGCCUGAAUGUUUACUGUGACAACUCAUAGUCGGAGAUGAUGAUAACACUAUCUUGGAGCUUGCAUAAUGACCGACAAUUAUGAACAGAGGGUUUGAAGAGCUGUUUGUGGAACUAAACAACAUCGUUGAAACCAAGAGGAGACAACUGGAGCUUCUAACCAAGGAGUAUGCUGUACUGUUGAAACCAUGGCCCAGUCAGAAGAGAGGCUCGUCUGAAGAUGGUGAGGAGAAGGAUGCAAAUGAAGGCGGCUCAGGUAAACGGGUGGUCCCUAGUGAGGAACAAGGGGAGCUGGACCUGCUGGAGAAGUUCCUCAACCGGGCACAGAAAGCCAGGGAUGUCCAGAAGAAGAUUGAUACUAAACAGAGCAAAGAUAGGAAGUCAGGUUCUCGAAGAUUGUCUGAGGAAAAUGUGGAUAACAGGCAGGCAGAAGAACAAGAACUAGCAGAAGAACAAGAACAGACAGAGUUAGAAUAUGGUAUCUGCUCAGAGGAAAACCUCACCGUCGUUAACAAGAUCAGACGUGAAGUUAGAAAUGAACUUUUGCAAGGAAGGACAAAACCUACAGAGAACUCUCAUGUAGACAAGACUAAGAAAGCUUAUCAAAAUACAGUAGCAUCACAACCCAAAGGUCCUUCCCAUGUCAACAGUACUUUACAUACUAAAGGCACUUUACAUCCUGAAAAUACUUCACAUUCCAAAAGAUCUCAAAUAAGAAGUGCUUCACAUGGCAGGAAUGCUUCACAUGGUGAAGGUGUUUCCCAUUCUGGUAGUUCUUCUCACACAAGAACAGCUUCACAUGGUAGGUGUGAUACAACUAGUGGUGCCUCUCAUUGCAGAAAUGCUUCACAUGGUGAAGGUGUUUCCCAUUCUGGUAGUUCUUCUCACACAAGAACAGCUUCACAUGGUAGGUGUGAUACAACUAGUGGUGCCUCUCAUUGCAGAAAUGCUUCACAUAACAUGACACAUGACAGAAAGAGAAAGGAACGAUCCUCCUUGUUGGCUGCACCAAAGCCACCCCGACCCAGCAGUAGCAGGCCCUACUCAGCUCAUGUUAAAGCACCUUUCAAAACAGACCCCAAUGUCCGAGUUCCCAAGACGUCCACUACCAAAGCAGCCAUGGAAGUCAAUAAGGGACGUUCUACCACACGGUCAGGAAGUGUUGGAACCAAACCUCAAAGUCCCAAAUUGACAGAACACAUUAACAAUAAUAUGAAAACUGAAAUUACUAAACUUGUCCAUACAAAAUCAACUGGCAUUAAUUGUGAUAAACCUGUAGGCAAAAACUCAGAAACAUUGGAUGGGAAUGUAGCAUCUCUUCCAGUACUCCCACCAGCAGAGAAUGUCAAGAUGUUUGAUGACCCACAUGUAGAACCUCCGUCAUGGCCAGUAAACCCAACAGCAGAAAGAGUCCAGACUAAAGACGACGCACGUGUGAAACCUCCCAUAAAGUCAGUUCACCCAGCAGAUGGGCUAGCAAACAAGAUGGAUGGCCUGCAUAUAUCUGGAGCAGAUGUACAAGAAAAGUUGUUCACAUUGCAACAAGAUGGAGCUAAAAUAUAUAUACCAAGUAAAUUUCGGCGGAAAGUGGCAGCAAAUGAGAAACUGAGGGAAAAGGUUGCAACCCAGAAAGUUACAAAGAAAGUGGGCAGCUGUGACGCAAAGAUGGAGUUUUUGGAAAGACUAGAGCAUGGGUUCAACCCUGAUAGUGACCUUGUUACUCAGACGAGGGUCAUGUCAUGUCUGACUGCAUACCAGCACCUCCAUCAGUUGUUGGAAGGCCUGAAGCUCAGUGACAUAACAGAACUGUCCUCUACUGGCUCCGUGCUGCGGGCCAAGAUGAUGAUGGAGUACAUUCUGGCGUCGUGUGACCGCCUGCAGCAUGAAUCAGAGACCCUGGUGGAAGCGGAAUACAGUGCCCAUCUCAACAAGCCGCUCCCUGUGCUCCAGAUAGAUAGGGAGACUUCUCUGUCCCAGUGGAUGCCUCAUGUAUAUGUGACAGAUGUGCGACUGCCUUGUCCCUCUGUCAUCACGUACAGGACAGGCAAGGAAGUGCAGCAGUACAAACACCUGGUGUUUCAGCUGCAGUAUCUGCGAUUACAGUCAGUUGUCAUGGAAAUGGCCAUCAAUAAACUACUACCUGUUUUAUUGACUCUUGAUCCCAAAUCCAGGGAAUUCAUCCUGAUGUACAGGGCAGUCUAUGCCUUCUUGUCAUCAAAUGAAGCUCAACACCUACCAGGGAUUGUUCAAGAGAGCAUGUAACCAUACUACUAGGAGAGCCUGAAUGAACACUGAACAUCACUGAACAUAAAGACCUAUGAAGCUGAAACUUUCAAUGGUGUCCCUAAGAACUGUUCACAGAUUUCUGAAUUUAUUUUGUUCAAAUUGUACUGAAUUAGUCCCUUUCAAGAACAUGUCAUCUUUCCAAUAAUUAUCGAUGUUAUAAAAUAUUGUGUGUUGCAUUAUGUGUGUAUAUAGCAUGAAUAUUAACUGUCAAUACGAGGGCUGGGACAACAUACAAAGUCAUGUUACGAUAGUAAGAUCAUGGUGACAAAGAGACAUUAACUCAAACUGAUGAUGUAAGAUGGAAGCUUAAUGUGAACAUCCCUUACAAAUGAUCCUUCACUGUGACCUUUCCUGCCCGCCAAGAUGACACGUACCUACAGUAAAAUGCUUUUCAAGUUAUUGUUUGAACAAACUUUCCUCUCAAGACUUAUUUACAAAGUCUACCUGUAUAAACAUUGAUGCAAGGAAGAUGACUCAUGGACAUGCUUUGUACAUAUUGUAAGGAGUCCUCCAAAAUAUUUAACCACACUCUAUGCAGGGGUUGUUGCAAGUGAAGGAAAAUUGUACACAGACUUGCAUUUUCCCGAAGACACCCCAGCUGCAGAACAUGGAUAGUACUUUCUCUUACAGGGCUAAUCUAAAUGUAACAUACAGCCUGCAAGAUAAACUUUUGUAUAAAGUUAAUUAAAACUUAUUCUACAAAGGAUCCCCCCCCCUCCCCGUCUCCUAAUUUCGGAACUGGAUGAGAAUGUCAUCAGGAGAGCACCACCGUCUCUUGUGUACCAGGGGCAUGUUGUAGGGAGCAGCACUGCCGGGUACGAUUGUAGGGAAAUAUCUUACAAAAGGCAGUGUACAGGUCACACAUCAUGAUGCCACCUCAUAUUCUGCACAUCAGAGUGAAAUAUUGAUCAGCUCAGUUGACAUGUAACAUUGUACAGUAAAAAAACCUUUAUAACGAACAUACUUACAACUGACAGAUGUAACAAACUAUUUCUUGGUCCCACCCAUUUGCUGUAACAUAUGCUAAAAACAAACUACGGUUAUAACAAAUUAAAAUUGGUGGUCCCUU